UUUCAACCUACUUUGGACCAGCUUGCCGGUUUUUCUGGUGGGUAUGGUCGAUGGCGAUGUCCCGGAUAUCGUAAACCUUCAAAUUCCGAUUCUCUAUCAAGAAUCCCAACUGCAGCGAGGCUUCAACUGGCGUGUCUUUGCGUCUUGGAUCCUACAAGGCGUCGCUUUGGGAGCAGGCAUUUUUUGGUGGAACAUCUUCGUUUUCUAUGCACCACCAGUAGAGGAACAACAAGGAGGAGUAGCUGCACCAGGAGCAGAGUCAUCUUCUUCUUCUUCUACAGAAGACCCCUUUGAUAUCGGGGGUUUGAAAAGCGAUAGUCCUUCCAGUAUUGCUGACCUCGAAUGGCUCCUCACUUCCUCAAGAGCUACUUCUUCGUCUUCUCAAGCAACAGGAGGAGCACUAUCUUCUCCUAGCAACGAAAGUGAUCAAGUGGAUUGGCUCUCCACAGUCGGUUCUUCCAUUUACUACGCUGUCAUUGUAAGCGUAAGUGUCAAGCUUCUUCUUGCUUGUCGCACCAGGUGGAAUCCCUUGGUCGUUUGGGCGACUGUCCUCUCCUGCGCUGUCUUUGUUCCUUGGUUUUUCCUCUUCAAUGUCCAUCUCGAUCCGCGGAUUCCUCUAGGAGUGCUUGUUCCAGUUUUCACGGUUGUGUUGCUAGACGUCAUCGUUUCUAGUGUGAGACAGCCAUCAGUCGUGGAGUUUGUCCAGAUGUAUCUGGCUGCGCCAGUGCUGACCGAACUAGUCGAAACUGAAUGGGCGAAACUCUGCGAGAGACUCGCAAGUGCUGUGAUCAAAUUAUCCUUGCCACCAUCGCCACCCACGGGAGGUGGAGGUGGAAAUG